CCGGAAAACAGAACACGGCUCGGUGGAGAAAACCGAAAAGAGGAAAAAGAAAAAAAGAAAGAAAAAGAAGAAAAAUCCUAGGGCUAGCCUCCGCAGACACACGCCAUCCGAAAUUCCCGUAUCCUCUCGAGUCUCGUCUUCCUCGGCGCCGCCCCAUCUCAGCCGGACACCGCGGCGGCGGCGGCGGCGGACAGGCUGUUCGCGCAGAACCGGCCGGGACGCAUUGUUCCGUCGGUCGCGCGAUCCAGGCCGGAGGAGAGGGGAGGAAGGAGGGGGUGGGUGAGUCAACCCCUCUCUCUCUCUGAUCGGAGGUGGUAGCCCUCCUCCUCGUCGCCGGGAGGCGGCUGAUGCGGCGCCCAUGGCCACGGCGGUGCUCACCUACCUGCAGAGCCUGUGGCCGCUCUCCGCUCUCCUGAGGGAGGACGACCUGCGGGCGUCCGCGCGGCUGCUGCGGGGCGUCCCCGUGCCGGAGGAGACGAAGCAGUUCGUGCUCGCGCUCCGCGACCGCGAGCCCGGCUCCGGCUCGCGCGGGGGCGUGAUCUACAUCCUCGCGGCGCAGAACCUGUCCGAGCGGUCGGCCUCCGACGCCGACUCCCUGAUCAGGCGGGUGCGCCCCGCCGCCGUGGUCACGCAGCUCGCGCACACGGCGGCCGACGACGUCCGGGCCGAGGAGGAGUGCCUCGAGGGCGGCGGGGCCGGCGGCGUCCCGGCGUCCCCGUUCCAGGUGAUCAAGAGGUGCGUCACGGAGAAGAGGAGCAAGGAUCAGUACGUCAAGGCGGCGGCGUGCCAGGUCUUGCAGGAGAUUUUCGGGGUCGGGUUCUACGGCCAUGUCUUGGCCGCGAAGAGAGCCGCGGAGGAGACGGGCUCGUGUUUUCUUUUGCUCGAGUCUCCGUAUGAGAGGAAUUGCAAUGGCGGCGCAUCGGGUGGCCAAUCUACCAUGGAAGAAGGCUCAGGUCAGCAAUUGGCGAGUCGCUGCUCGCUCGCUCAAAGUUCAACGGAUGAUGGCACGGGUGGACAGUCACAGGGUAGCUGCUUGCUCACUCAGAGCACCAGUUCAAUCGUAAGCUCGCAUGUCAGGAAGAUAUGCCUUGUGGAUGACAUUGGGGGACAACUCGUGAAGUCGCUAGCGCCGACCGUUAAUUUGUUGAUGUCCCAGGCUAUCUCUUCUGAUGGUGUUUCAGAGUGCAAACUGGCUGAAUGCAAGCCAUCGGACAGAUACGAGGCUCCACCUUUUGCACAGACUGUUUAUCCGUUGCUUGCUGAUCUUUAUGAUAUAUUUGUGGACAUUCCGUCAAUUGGAAAAGCUAUGGCUUCUGCUCAGGAAUUGCUCAGACAAGUUCAUGAUGGGAAGCCAAUUUCCACUGAAAUGCUGUCUGAUGUGUAUGUAUUUAGGAUCGCAAUAGAAGCCCUCAGGAUAGGUUUAAACAACGCAGGAAGAAGCCACAUUGACACCAGAGAUAAUCAUGGUUCAAAAAAAUUGGAUUUUUCAGAACUCAACUCUGAGGAGAAAUGCCAUAUUCUUCUUGUGCAAGCCCUCAGAAGCCAGGUUAGGGAGUUUGGUUCUGUGGUGGCUGUAGUCGAUGCCAGUUGCUUAGCUGGAAUAAGGAGACACUGGGAUACCCCUGUUCCUUCAGAGAUUGCACAAUUAGCCAGCAGUUGCUUCAAGCAAUACGGCAAUAAAAAUGACAGUGAGGACAAUGAGCUGCCAUCAUCAGUUGACAGCACAGAUAAAAAGAGUUGGGUAGCUGAGAAACCUGUGGUCGUAGUUGGUGCAGGAGGAACAGCGAUUCUGGGCUUUUCAUCUUUAUCAAAAACUGUACAGGCAUCUGCCUUUCUUAAGCUGGCUCCCUAUAAAACACCGGUGGUCCUGAAGUAUGGCUUAAUACAGCUGCAAAGGCAUGCUUCCAUCGUGUUAAGCAAGGUCCUAUCGAAUGGGGUUUUUAGUGCUAGUUCAAACGCAUCCGUUUUACAAUUCACAGCUUCAUCGGAGAAGAUUCGAGCAGUUACUCACACUGUAAUUUCAUCAGCAAAGAGAACUAGCUUGAUGGCUAUGCGAACUUCGUUCUACGAAAUAAUGCAGAAGAGGCAAAAACAACCUUUCAGGAUCACUCCUUGGGCAACAUUUGGUUGCAGCAUGGCUGCAUGCGCUGGUCUCCUGAUGCAUGGAGACGGGAUUGAGUGUGCUGCUGAGGUCGCACCUUCUGUUCCCAUGAUUGCCACUCUGGGACGUGGUCUUGAGAUCCUGCGCCUCACAUCGCAGGAAGUGAGGCAAACAAGGGGCCAACAUAUAAAGGAAGCUUUGGGCGCGCUGAUGAGCAACUUAAAGAAAACAGCAAAAUAAAGACAUAACAAAAAAAUAACUGAGACUGUAUAGAUUUCCAUCAUGCAAUUUUGUUGUUAGAUAGAUUUUUUUUUGUUACCUCUGUACAGUGCAUUCUUCUUGCUUUUACUGAGGUAAUCGAAUUCCUACAAUGUGUUUUGGGGCGGUUCUACUUCUGGAGCAUUUCAUCCAUAUCAGCCCACCAACCUUCUGUACAUACAUGUAUACAACAUAUGCCUAAUUGACAUCUCUAAUGCUUUCUUCGGGAUCAUCUUUAAUGCUUUAGUAACUCUUAUUGAAUCAGUGCUGAUACCGAUAAGAAUGUGAUGCAGCUAUCUGUAAUGUUCUAAGUGAAAUACCACCUGGAGAUACUGCCACAUGGACAGUAAUGCUUAUCUUUUGUGAAUCA